CCCCUGCUCUAGUUCCGUCUGGUGGUGAAAACAACUCUGAAGCUGUUGUUGGUGUUAGUGGAAUACUCCGAGUCCAACGCCCCACUGCUGAUAGAUGCCAUCACCUCUGUGGAGACCAAGAGAGGAUGCAAGUCGUGGUCCAAUACUAUGGAGAUCUUGCAAGAGAAGGAUGGAGUGGACACGGAGCUGCUGGUGUACGCCAUGACCCUCAUCAAUAAGACGCUGGCUGCACUGCCUGAUCAGGACUCAUUUUACGACAUGGUGGAUGGUCUUGAGGAACAGGGCAUAGACACAGUGUCCCAAAGACAUCUGGGCCGGAGAGGAACUGAUCUGGAUUUGGUUGAGCAGCUCAACAUCUAUGAGAUGACCCUACGGCAUGAAGACGGGGACGAUGACAGCCAGCCUCCACCAAUGGGACGCCGGGACCGCCGACGAGUCAGCCUUGGGUGCGGGGACAAAAAGCACGGCCUGGAGAGGAGGCGGAGCCGCAGGGCCUCUCUGGGGCGAUCAGGCCAAGCCUCCCCCUGCAGCCCCGCGUCCCCACAGAGAGGCCUGCAGUCAGUCUAUGGACAGAGAGCCGAGGACAUGAGCGAGAGCCCCGCCACACAUCUUCCAUCUACAGCUCGCCGAUCCACCGUGCAGUCCAUCACCAUCACUUCCAGGAAGGAGAGUCUAAGAGAAGAGGAGCAGAGGAAUCGGACUGAUCCACCCGCUAUCCACCCCCCCAUUACCCCCACCUUAUCUCCUCCCGUGUCCUCCCCUCUCAGCCCCCCCGCCCCACCCUCCCUCCUGGCCUCCCUGCUGGCCAGGAAGAGGCCCAUCGUCACUGUCCCGGCCACCAAGGAGGUCAGCCCGCCAUCGCGCGGCAGCUCCCGCCCCUCCCCCGAACGCAUGCCCUACCUGCCCCACUCACCCUUCCACCUCUUCUCCUACGACCUCGAUGAGGAGCCGUCGCCCCCGGCUCCACCCAAACCCAGCGAGGAGUCACCCAAAACAACAACGUCUCCCAGGAAUGGCGGUCUCUCGUCCUAUUCCUCUCUCAGCACCCCAAGCACGCCCACAACCUCCAGGCCUGCUUUGGGAGGUCUUCUCUCCUCCUCGUAUCGACAACACCAGGAAUCUCUGGCGGCCGAGCGAGAGCGCCGUCGGGGGGAGAGAGAGGAGCGGCUGCAGAGGAUAGAGAGAGAGGAGAGGAACAAGCACAGCCGUGACUAUGUGGAUAAAAUGGAAGAGGCCAGGCUUGCGCGGGAUGAGAGGUAUAAGAACGUGGAGCGCCAGGCGGCGGAGGAGUACGAGAGAGAGCACGUCCGGGUGUCCAGGACUCGCCCCGACCUCGGCCUGACCUUCGAACCCGCGGAGGCCUGGCCCUCGUCAUCGCGCAGCAGCACCCCGUCCUCUUUCGCCUCCCAUGAGGACGCAGACGCUGACCUCGAAGCGGAGACCCCCGCCACCCCCUACACCGCCUCUGAAACUG